AUGGAUGUGGGGGACUUAGAGCUGUUGGCAAGUUCUUCACAGAAAGUCUUUUACUUUGUUGCAAGAGCUCUUAGUGUGUUUUUGCAUCUUGCUCCAGAUUGGCCACAAAAUGCCCAAGCUGCUGCACACUUUGCUGAAUUCUUGACCGGCUACAAGCCCGAUGAAGCAGUCCGUGUCAAAUUCCUGAGACAGCCCGCAGACCGCAAGCUCCUUCCCUGUACGGUGGGCUACGUGGAUGGCUUUUGCAAGGUGCUCAUCAUGGUAGCUGUGGUAACCUUCAUAUAUGAAUUGGAACCCUGGCUCAACACCUUGCUUGGCUCAACCUUGGCUCCGUGUGUUUUUAUUUGCACUUGGACCAAGGAAUGGACUGAAGACGUGCUCAACCGGCCAGAGGUUCGAUCGCUAUUGAGAUCAUUCAGGUGGAUCCGCUGCAGCUACACCUAUGCUGAGAGCCCGACAUACCAUAGCCUCCUCAGUCCCAGCACUGCGGAAAGAAAUGCUUUGACUGUGCAAGUUGCACUUUUCUAUUUGCCAGGCGUGCCAUUGGAGAGCCUCGAUGGUGAUCUUGGAGGAGUCAUCAAGUCUGGCACCUCAGAGCCAUUGGAUGUCAACCGAAUUCCUUUCAUCUUGGAGGUGCGAUCCCGGGAUGACCAUGGAGUUGUGUUGUGGGCGAACCUGACAAGCUCUGGCCUGCUUGGAGUUUCCCGCUACGAAUACCUCAUUACCUCAGAGUCGGCAACUGAAGGUGGCACCAAUGUCCUUUGCGCUUCUGUGGCCUUGGACAUGUCACCUCAGGGGCUUCAGCAACGGCUUGGCACUGCGGUGUAUGAGGCUUGCAGAACUGGGGCCUUGAACCUCCCACAGUUCCCCAACUUCGAGCCACUUGUCAAGGCCCUGCGGCAAGAUGCAACCUCAACCCCAGAGUUGAGCCUGAAGGUUACUGUGGCCAAACACGACAAGCUGUACAUCCUACGCUCCCUUGCACGUCGGUGGAUGGAGAAUGAAUCCACCAAAGAGUCUGCACACCAGGCA